AUGAGAAUAGAUAAAGACAAUUGUGGCCCUCUGGUGAUAUUUGAUAAAUUGAUCAAGAUCAAACUUAUGUAUUGUGACAAUUGCAAAGAAAUUCCAGUGCUCGGCCACCUACCACUCCUCAAGUAUCUACAUAUCACGCAUCUGGAUAACGUAACAUCGAUAAGAUCAUCAUUCUAUGGAGAGAGUGAUUGUAGCUCAACUAGCAACAACGAUGGCCAAGAGACAAGAGUAUCAUUCCCGUCACUGAAAAAUUUAGCAGUACGGUUUAUGCCGAAACUAAAAGAGUGGGAAGAAGCACAAAUGAGCGGAACACUGUUGGCUCAUGUUCCCCACUUGCGGGGCAGCAGAGCUUCUCUUAAAAAGAUGGAAAUUUCGUUUUGUUCUGGAUUGAGGGAAUUACCCUAUGACCUAGAUUGCCGUGAGUUGAGCAACUUGCCAAAUGAAAUGCUAAAGUAUUGUACGUCUCUACGGACUUUAUUUGUGGAAGAAUGCCAUAAUAUCACUUCACUUCCUGAAAUGAGUGGGAUGGGUUCUCUACAGUCUCUAGUUGUGGGUGGAUGUAAAAAUAUCACUUCAUUUCCUAAAAUGAGUGGGAUGAAAUCUCUAGAGAGACUAAGUUUAACGUCAUGCACUUCGUUUCCAGAAUUGAGGACGGAGUGCCUUAACAGCUUAAUUCAAUUGUCCAUUGGAUUGGGUCUCUCUACUAGAUCAGCUUCAACAUCUCAGUUCCCUAAAAGGUUUGCAUAUAUAUUCUUCUGGAAUGGAAGUCUGGCCUGA